UUUAAUUUUGUCAUUGGCUUGGCUCAUUGUCAUUGGUGAUUUUGUGGUUUUUUUCUGAUUUCUUCACUAAUUUCUGUAUUUCUCUUGUUGAUUAGUAUUUCUAAUUUUUUAUUGUAAAGUAAAGCAAUCUACUCUUGUUUUAAUGACUAAUUUGUAAAUGUGUUAAAACUACAAAGGAAACUUACAUGUAAAUAUGGCCGAUGAUCUAAGGAAUUAUAAACUUCAACUACAGCAGGUGGAAGCAGCAUUACUAACGGAUCCGCAAAAUGAAGAACUGUUAAAGCUGAAAACGGAUUUAGAAGAAGUAAUUGAGUUGACACGCGAUCUUAUAAAAACUCAGGAGGGUGAAUCCAAAGUUCAUAUUCAUAGUUCUAGUAAUGAUGAUGAUGUUGCAGCUUCCCUGUUGGCUGCGGAGGAUGGUGAUAUCGUUGAGGCGGAGCCCAAGUUCCGGAUAGGUGAAAAAUGCUUAGCCAAGUGGAAGGCAGAUAAUGAAUUUUAUGAAGCCACAGUGGAAGAGAUUAGUGAAUGUAAUCUCAAAGUAAAGUUUGAUGGCUACACCACAUUAGAAGUUGUCUCCAUUUUAGAUGUCAAAUCACUGGGAUCAGGGACAAAACGACCACUUGGCGGUGAUGAUAAACAUGGCAAGGGCUACAAUAGAGAGUAUUUAAAAAAGAAAAAACAAAAGAAGCAACAAAGAUUUAAACAAAUUGAAGAAGAAAGAGAGAGUGAAAAGAAUAAAUGGCUGUCAUUUCAUACUAAAGCCGCCAAGAAACCUGGAGUUCGAACAAAGAGUAUAUUUGCGUCACCUGAUAAUUUGACUGGUCGAGUUGGAAUCGGUACCUGUGGUAUUUCAGGAAAACCAAUGACUGAGUAUACACCUGGAGAAAAGUGGAAAAAGGGCGCAUAGUUCGAUUUACAAUAAUUUAAUUUAGUGUAAUUUUAGGAUAAGUUAGUGUAAUAUUUUGACCUAUUACUGAAAUUAAUGACUUAAUAAAUUUUUAGUAAUAAAA